CUCCAGUUGUUAACCGAUACAACAGAAGAGUAUCAGUUUGUGCUGAAGCUUUCAAUCCAGAUGAAGAAGAAGAAGAUACAGAACAAAGGGUAGUUCAUCCAAAAACUGAUGAACAGCGAUGCAGACUGCAGGAAGCAUGUAAAGAUAUCCUGCUCUUCAAAAACCUAGAUCAGGAGCAGCUGUCUCAGGUCCUUGAUGCCAUGUUUGAGAGGAAGGUCAAACCUCAGGAACAUGUGAUUGACCAAGGUGAUGAUGGAGACAACUUCUAUGUCAUUGAGCGGGGAUUGUACGAUAUUGUUGUAGCAAAAGACAACCAGUCACGCUGUGUGGGCCGCUAUGAUAAUCAUGGCAGUUUUGGGGAACUGGCAUUGAUGUACAACACUCCUAGAGCUGCCACCAUUGUUGCCACAACAGAAGGAGCCCUCUGGGGACUGGAUCGAGUGACAUUCAGAAGAAUUAUAUUGAAAAACAAUGCAAAGAAGAGGAAGACGUAUGAAUUAUUUAUUGAGUCUGUGCCCCUUCUUAAAUCCUUGGAGGCAUCAGAGCGAAUGAAGAUAGUGGAUGUUAUAGGAGAGAAAGUGUAUCAAGAUGGGGAACGUAUCAUUUCUCAGGGUGAUAAAGCAGAUUGUUUUUACAUUGUAGAAUCUGGUGAAGUAAAAAUCUUGAUUAAAAGCAAGACUAUGACGAGUAAAGAAGCUAACCAAGAAGUGGAGAUUGCCCGGUGUCACAGAGGGCAGUAUUUUGGAGAGCUUGCACUUGUUACCAACAAACCCAGAGCAGCCUCUGCCUAUGCUGUUGGGGAGGUCAAAUGUUUAGUCAUGGAUGUGCAAGCAUUUGAGAGGUUGCUUGGACCCUGCAUGGACAUUAUGAAGAGGAAUAUAACACAUUAUGAGGAGCAGCUGGUGGCAAUGUUUGGCUCUAGCAUGGACCUGUUGGAUCCAGGGAAUUAGGCACAGGGUACCUCAAUGCCUUCUUAGUUCAAGACACAGAAAAGCCUCCUAUCAGCAACACAACUCACAAGGAAAACGGACACUACGGAACAGUUACUGCUGCUGUCUUCUUGGGCAUUUUAGAAACCAUAAACAAGUCUCAGCACAGAUGGAUUGCUCGCUCCCUGCCUCCACUUUGCUGCUGAUACUUCAUUAUUAGACCUAGAUUAAAGAUGAUUCUAACCCUAUGUUCACUUACUUGGUUCAGAAUGGCAUCUGUCCAACAGUUCAAGUGCCUGAUAUGAAACCCAAAGUGUGCAAGAUAUAGAAGCCUCCUUCCUUCUGGUGUUACUGUUGGGAUAAAUUUUCAGAUCAGAUUCUGUAGUGGGAGGUUGCCUGUUCCGCAACCUGUGGAAUGCGAGCCUUUACAGGCUUAUUACCUUCAUCUGAUGCUUUCUUUACACAAUGUCAAAUUUGUUUUUAAUUGUAGCAUCUGGGUUUGAA